AUGGCCACAGCUACUGGCACGUCCACAGGGCCCACGGUUACACCAACUGGCACCUUCACAGACACCAAGACCACAGGUACCGCCACCUCCGCGGGCACCUCCGCAGGGCCGACCGGCACCUCCACACUUCCCAUGUCCACAGCUACUGUCACCUCCACAGAGGCCCACGGUGACACCGACCGGCACUUCAACAGGGCCCACGGCCAAAGCUACCAGCACCUCAACAGAGCCUACAACCACAGCUACCGGCACGUCCACAGGGCCCACGGUGACACCGACCGGCACUUCAACAGGGCCCACGGCCAAAGCUACCAGCACCUCAACAGAGCCUACAACCACAGCUACCGGCACGUCCACAGGGCCCACGGUGACACCGACCGGCACCUCCAGAGGGCCCACAGCCAAAGCUACCAGCACCUCAACAGAGCCUACAACCACAGCUACCGGCACGUCCACAGGGCCCACGGUGACACCGACCAGCACUUCAACAGGGCCCUUGGUCACACCAACUGGCACCUCCACAGACACCAAGACCACAGCUUUCGGCACCUCCGCAGGCACCUCCGAAGGGCCGACCAGCACCUCAACAGGGCCCACAGCCACAGCUACCAGCACCCCAACAAAGCCUACAACCACAGCUACCGGCACGUCCACAGGCACCUCCGCCCCACAGCCACAGCUAUCAGCACCUCAACAGAGCCCACAGCCACAGCUACCGUCACCUCCACUGGGCCCCUAGUGACACUGACUGGCACCUACACAGACACCAAGACCACAGGGCCCACGGUGACACCGACCAGCACUUCAACAGGGCCCUUGGUCACACCAACUGGCACCUCCACAGACACCAAGACCACAGGUUUCGGCACCUCCACAGGCAUCUCCGCAGGGCCGACCAAAACCCCAACAGGUCCUGCGGCCACAGCUACCGGCACCUCCACAGGGCCCAUGGUGACACCAACCGGCAUUUCCACACGGCCCACAGGUACGUCUACCAGCACUUCAACAGAGCCCACCGCCACAGCUACAGGCACGUCCACAGGGCCCACGGUUACACCAACGGGCACCUUCACAGACACCAAGACCACAGGUACCGCCACCUCCGCGGGCACCUCCGCAGGGCCGACCGGCACCUCCACACUUCCCAUGUCCACAGCUACUGUCACCUCCACAGAGCCCGUGGCCACAGCUACUGGCACUUCUACAGGGUGCACGGUGACACCAACCGGCAUUUCCACAGGGCCCACAGCCACAGCUACAAGCACCUCAACAGAGCCCAUGGCCACAGCUACCGGCACCUCCACAGGGCCUGCUGUGACACCAACCGGCACCUCCACAGACACCAAGACCACAGAUGCAGCAACCUCCACUGGCCUCAUGGCCACAGCGACUGGCACGUCCACAGGGCUCACAGUGACACUGACCGGCACCUCCACAGACACCAAGACCACAGGUACCGCCACCUCUGCAGGCUCCUCCACAGUUCCCAUGUCUACAGCUACUAGCACCUCCACAGAGCCCGUGGCCACAGCUACUGGCACGUCCACAGGGCCCACGGUGACACCGAUCGGCACCUCCACAGGCACCUCCACAGAGCCGACCAGCACCUUCACAGAGCCUGUGGCCGCAACUACUGGCACUUCCACAGGGCCCACGGUGACACCGACCGGCACUUCCACAAGGCCCACAGCCACAGCUACCGGCACAUCCACAGGGCCCACAACACCACCGACUGACACCUCCACAGGGACCAUGGCCACGUCGACCACCAUCUCCACAGGGACUGCAGCCAUACUGACCAGCACCUCCCCAGGGACCAUGCCCACAGCUCCUGGGACGUACACAUGGCCCACAGCCAGAACAACUGGUGCCUCCUCAGAGACCAUGGCCACAGCUACCGGGACCUCGUCAGAGCUCACUGCCACAUCUUCUGGCACCAUCUCACAGCCCACGGCCACAACUCUCUGGACCUCCUCAGGGCCCACAAACAUGUCUGCGACCAGCACCACAGAGCCUAUGACCACAGCCACCCUGAGCACAAAACCCAUUCCCACUGGCAGUGCUAGCACCAUGACCUCCCCUAGCAUUACCAUUACCCUGACCACCCCUAUCACCCCCUCCACCACAAUCACUGCCACUACCCUUGCCAGCACAACGACCAUAACAACUGCCCCAACCACUACCCCCAGCACACCUAUCCCCACAAGUACCCCCACCACUACUCUGACCAGCACAAUCACCACCACCAGUAGUCCCACCACCACCAAUCCCACCACUAUAACUUCCACAACUGCCUCUCCCACCACAACUACCCCUACCACUAUCACCAUCACAACUAUCCCUACCACCACAACCACCACAACUACCGCCACCACUACCACCCCCACCACUACCACCACAAUCAUAUGCCUGAACGGUGGCACCAGUGACGGCAACAAGUGCCUCUGCCCUGGGGGCUUCUAUGGCCCCUUGUGUGAGAACCCUGUCUGCCAGAAUGGGGGCACCUGGAGCAUCGAUGAGUGCCUCUGCCCCCCCAGCUUCCAGGGCCCCGAGUGUGAGUUCACCAAGGAGACCAUUGAGGUCAAGCCCGAGGUCAAUGCCACAGUGGAGGUCCAGACCAAGAUCACGAACCGCAACUUCACCAAAGACCUCCAGGACAGCAUGUCCACAGCCUACAAGGUCUUUGCCAGAGAGUUCACAGAGAAGAUGGCCCAGGUCUACAAAGACAUCAAAGGCUACCUGGGAGUGAAGAUCCUUGGCCUGAAGAAGGGCAGCAUCGUGGUGGACUACGAGGUCAUGCUGGUUCUACCCAUCAACUCCAAGCUGAACACAAGCUUGAACAACAUCACUGAGGAGCUGGUCACAGCCGUGAAGGCAGCGGCAGAGUCUGAGGGCCAGAACUGCCACAUCCAGAAUACAACUCUCUGCUUCAAUGCCUCAAGCACCUUCGUGGGCAAAACCACUGUGGAGGAGGUCAAUAGCACAGCUUUCUGCAGGAACCGCGUCCCAGCCAAUUUCAGCGCCUAUUACAUGCCUCUGCUGGUGUCCGAGAACAAACUCCUGUGCGUGUCCCGCUGCCACCGCAACACCUCCGACCACCUCAACUGCCACCACGGUGCCUGCCAGGUCACACGCCAGGGCCCCCAGUGCUUCUGCUUGGACCCUGUGGUCUACUGGUAUCCGCAGGCAAACUGCCAGAGGCCCAUCAACAAGUUUGCACUGGGGCUGGGGGUGCCCCUCGCUGUCCUGACCCUCCUCGUCCUCGUCCUCACCGCCUUCUUCAUCAGGGCCCGCAGGAAAAGACAUGAAGAGAGCUGGAGAGAGCAGCACAUGUACGAGGACAACGAUGACAUGUGCUCAGUGCCAGGCACCUUCACACUGCGCAACCUGGGACCCACUGAUGACUCCGAGAGCAGUGGGUCCUUCCACGUGGAUCUGCAAUCUGUGGACACCUCCCAGCCGGUGCAUAUCCAGCGGCCGGUGAACAUCAGCCAGCUGUGA